CUCCGUGCACUCCCCUCAUCUUUGACUAUAUUCAUUCUUCUUAUCUCUCCCUUGCAAUAUACACACAGCAAAAAAAAAUUAAAUAAUUUACUUUCAGCUCUCUAUCUUCUUCACUACUUCAUUCAAUUUCUUCAAUUAUUUUGAGUUUCUAAGGGUAAUAAGCACUUUCACUACUGUGGAGCUUAGGAUUGGUGAAGAACAAGAACAAACAGUUGUGGCAAUAGAGCAAAGUAAAGAACAGCAUGCUGUGGUGUAGUUUAUCUGUUGACGUAUAUCGGAAAGUUAUCUCCUUGAACUUGUAUUGCCGUGUGAUUCUGUAAAAUACCCUUUUCGAAAAAAAUCAGUUCUUUGUAGCCUCUGGAUAGAUUACUGGUUAUUUUUUUCUCACCUUAGAAGUCAAGUAUUCAUUAUAAUCUCUUUCCAUGGGAUCUACACGUUUCGUCGUCAUACCUUGUUACGUUCGUAUGAUUAGCUGAAGAUUUAAUCACUUUCAUCUUAGUCUUGGUGAGAAUCGUCUUUGUUAGUUAGCUUCAGCCUUACAGUUUCCUUCAUCUUGAGUCUUUGUGAGAAUCGUCUUUGUUAGUUAGCAUUCAGCCUUACAGUUUCUUUCAUCCUGAGUCUUUGUGAGAAUAUUUCUUUAGUAUUCAAUCUUUCUGUUUUGUUGGGAGUGAUUUUCCUCUGUCAUUUCUAUUGGAAGAAUUUGUUUGUGGUGAUUGUGAUUGUUCGGAAUUCUUUUGUUAGUUGAUUGUUUUGCUGGAAGAUUGAGGUGUUUUAUUGAGUUAAAAGGGUUGGGAACAAGUAGUUAUGGUGUGCCAAGCAGCUAGUCAGACGAGAUUUCGGGCAUUGAAACAUGAAAAUGGAAUUGAUGGGUCUGCCACCAUAAUAGUUAGAGUAAUAGCAUGCUUUCAACCUCUCCAAGAUUGCCAGGCUGAAUACUUCCGUCAUUUGCUUAAACCUGUCACGUAGAUCGAUCUUUCUUUACCGCGUUCAAGUUAAGCUGGAGUUUUUAGUUUUUCUUUAUUUAGCAAGAGUGCAAGAAAUAAUCAGCAAUUCGUAGUUUCACAGUUGUUUCAAACUGGUGAUUGUUAAGGUUGAAUGGAAAAAGACUUGGUCUCUUCAUUCCAUCACCAACAUUCAGAUCUGCAGUUAGCCCAUUUGAAUUUUUCUUAUCCGCGAUUUGAUAUAGGGCAGCAGAAUUCUUUUCCUACUUACAUGACUCCUCAGUCAAAUGAAGUUCCUAUGAAUGGGAAUUCUCCAUUUUUCACAUUCCCUGGGCUGCCAGAGUCGAAUGCAAGCUGGCCAACAGAAACUUGCAACUGGUUGUAUUAUUCGCCUCAGUUUCAUCAGGGCUUUAAUCCUGUUUCGACCACUUUACCCAAAGAGAAGUUUGCUCCUGGAGCACUUGAAAAUCUGGAAGGUAACAAACAUCCUAAUGGAGGCACCACAUCUGCGCAGAAGAGAUUCCUUGUGUUUGAUCAAUCUGGUGAUCAGACAACUUUGAUCUAUAAUUCUGCUAAUGGUACUCAUGUUCAGUGCCCACCUUCUCUGAAUCCAAAAGCCCCAGACCUUUAUAAGGAAGAUCCAGAUAAUAUCAAAAGGAAUGAAACUUCUCCAUUUGGGCAUUUCUUCAGUGAUGAAUAUUAUGAAGAAAACAACAGAGAUGAUGUCGAAAAUGAAAUGCAUGAGGAUACCGAAGAACUGAAUGCCCUACUCUACUCUGAUGAUGAUAAUGAUUAUUCCGAGGAUGAUGAAGAAACAAGCACUGGUCACUCGCCUAGUACUAUGACCACUCAUGAUCUGCGAGAGUGGUUUGACGGAAGGGGUGAAGAAGUUGCUAGUUCUGCUGGGCCGAUUAAAAGGCAUAAACUACUAGAUGGUAGCUUCAAUGCACCAGAGCUCAGGGAUACUGCAACCUCUGCAAAAGCCUAUACAUGCUCCGACUUAGAGGAUGAUGCACAAUCCAGUUGUGGCAAUGGUCUCGAACAAGAUUCAGGAGCACCAGAUUCUCCAUCUGGAAAAAAGAGGCAAAGACAAGACAAAAUCCGCAAGACAAUAAGCAUUUUGCAGGAAAUAAUCCCCGGAGGGAAAGGAAAAGACUCGAUGGUUGUUAUUGAUGAAGCAAUCCAUUACUUGAGAUCCCUGAAGAUGAAAGCCAAGUCCCUAGGACUUGAUUCUCUUUGAGCUUCGGCUUGCCACUGGUCAUCAUAUUAUUGAGUUACUAAUGGUAUUUCUUCUUGUAGCUUCUCGCUGGUCGGAAGUACGUAUUAAAGGUUUUAAAUUAAACAAAGCUGAAUUAGAGUUUAAAUGGUGGUAUGGCAAUGUGUGGCUGAUCAGAAUACACCAUAAACAAAGUAAACCAGAUUGGAGAAUCCCUUUUAGAGUCUUUAUUCCAUCAUUCUUGUUGGGAACCAUUGGCUAUGGCUUUGAAAAUCAGUGGUCAUGUCUUCUUUUUAGAUAAGGAGGGAACUUCUUGUCAUACUUCCAUAAAGGGUGGUAAAUCAUGAGUUUAUAUCUUGACCCCCAAGAGAAAAAAAGUUGAUUCUGCCCUUUGGAAAUGUGUUUAGCUUGCCCACAUAAUUGUUCGUUGUCUGUGUGAACGAUAUAAGGUGUAAUGUUACCUCAGCAGGACCCUGGAAAUGUUCUAGUGCACGCUUGGUGGCAAAUUUGGGUCCCAAAUCUCACUUUCAUGCUCUUUUUUUCCAUUGUGACUGUCAUAUUAACCCCUCUUGGGCAUUUCCUUUUCUUAUCUUAAAGGCGGGGGCAAGCAAUUGCAUGGCGAUGCGUCUCUCUUUUAGUUACAUCAGGUAUAUGUUGUGCUCAAUGGAUCUUGACCCUUUUGUGCAUCAAGCCAAUCCUGUCAAAAAGAGUGGAGAAUAUCAUAUCAUGUCUUCAGAAAUCUGGCUGCUGCUAAUGUUUGACACAUGACUAGUUUGAGCUUCUUGGUGGUGUAAAAAAAUUGUAGUACUAUUGUGAGUUUGUGCAAGUAAUAUCAUGUUGUGAUGUUUAUUUUUUGUUUGUUGUGAGAAUAUUUAUUAACUAUGUUUGGUGUUGUUGUUGUCUUUAUGCCUAUGUAUUUACGUAGCAUGCACGCAUUUUGCCUCAAAGUGUGAUAGAAAGUGAUGUGUUUAAUUUUUUUCUUGAUUUA